GUCAAUAACCCUUAUCACCACAAAAUGUCUUUCCGUGGUCGUGGUAACGCUUCUGGUGCCAACCGGGGAGGCUUCGGUGGUGGCCGUGGUGGUCGCGGAGGCUUCCAGCAGUCAUUCGGCCCCCCAGCCCAGGUCCUGGAGUUGGGUUCCGUGAUGCACUCUUGUGAGGGCGAGAUGGUCUGCGAGUCGGUCAACCCCAAGAUUCCUUACUUCAACGCUCCUAUCUACCUGGAGAACAAGACUCAAAUCGGCAAGGUCGACGAAAUUCUCGGUCCCAUUAACCAGGUCUACUUCACCGUCAAGCCCCAGGAUGGUAUUGUCGCCACUUCUUUCAAGCCUGGUGACAAGGUCUACAUUGGCGGAGAUAAGUUGCUUCCUCUUGAGAAGUUCCUCCCCAAGCCCAAGCCUCCCCCAGGAGCUGCUAAGCCUAAGCGCGCCGGUGGUGCUGCCCGUGGUCGUGGUGGAUUCGGCGCUCCCCGUGGUCGCGGUGGAUUUGGUGCCCGUGGUGGUGCUCCCCGUGGCCGUGGUGGCUUCGGUGGUGGUCGUGGUGGUGGUUUCUCCCGCGGCGGCGGCGGCGGCUUCUCUCGUGGAGGUGGUCGCGGUGCCCCCCGGGGUGGUGGUGGCUUCCGCGGUCGCGGAUAUUGA